AUGACCUUCACCUCUGUGGUCUUCAACUCUGUCGUCAUCCUUGUUGUGACAUGUUCCAAAGACCUACACAAACCCAUCUGCAUUCUCUUCUGCAACUUAGCUGUCUCUGACUUUCUCACCAGCUCUUCAGGCUUCUGGAUUGCCACCAUGUUUAUCAUGAACCCCGAAAGCACUAUGGUUGGGACCAAGGACCUCCUCAAAGCAUACACUUUCUACAUCAUCUCCAUCUUGGCCACCAUCUACAACCUAGUGGCCAUUGGGAUUGAGCGCUACCUGGCUGUGACUGAAAGCCUGUGGACAAGGCACCGGAUCACCAGAAACCAGAUCUUAGGAGUUGUCUUUGUCAUUUGGGUGUUCGCCUUCUUCCUAGGAUUCAUGCCUCUGAUGGGGUGGAAUUGCCUGGAGCAGGAGAACAUCUCUGCUCUUUACGGGCCCCUAUGCAUUGACUAUCUUCUCUUCAUUGCCAUUCCUCAUAGUGCAAUGGCUUUGAUCCUUCCAUUUUUCACCUACAUCAGCAUCAUUGGCUUUUUGAGAAAGCAGAAUAAGUCAAUGGGAGCGCUGGGCCAACACCAUACCACCUACCGUCUGGCUGAGAUCCAGGUUGUGAGGACCAGCGUGCUAAUCUGGGUCCUGACUUUGCUUUCUUACACACCCUUCUUUGUAGGUGCCGUGUUCGAUUCUGCUACUCAGCGCUGCCUCAGAGAUCUCUUCCCAGGCAUCUACAUCUUCCGAAACUUGACAGCUAUGAUGAUAACCAUUAAUUCAUUGGGAAACCCCAUCAUAUAUACUUUCAAUGUGAAGAGGCUGGGUCACAGGAUCAAGCCUCUGAGGUGCCCUUCCAACAAUCGGAUUGAAGUCCAAGCUAUAGGGAAAAUGUGA